AUGGUGGCCUGUGAUGGGGCAGAGUGUCCAAGGGAGUGGUUUCACCUGGAAUGCGUGGGUUUAAAACACGAGCCUAAGGGAUCCGGUAAGUUGAUUUCUAGUUUUAAUCUCCAUGCUGACUAUCUGGGUAAGAGAAGGGCUAGCCAUAACAAACAGCGAAAUGGUAGUGUGGUGAAUGCAAGGAGAGGAUGGCGGAUAUGUAGACUUUUAUACCGUCGAAUAUACCUAGUUGGCUCUACAUUCGAAACCAUCAUAUAUAUCACAACAGGUCUGAAAGAAAAGCGCCCGAAGCAGUGGAAGCUGCCUCCCAUAAUGUACUCUGCUUAUCAAUUGUCAGACGUUGAUACAUCGAUUCUCAUCUCGGAGUCAGGUCGAUACCGAUAG